GCUUCAACAUCCAUGGAAACGGGGACACUCGUACGGCACUGCCUGCGCCUGCGGCUUGCAACGUAAUAGAAAUAACACGAAAACUCAUAGUCAACUGAAGGGGAAACCCAGGUAACUUCGAGAAACAAAGGAGCCUGCUGCAUCUUCUUCAUCGUUUUCCUUUGGCAGAUUCUGAAGACCGAACAUGGCGGGAGGGAAUUUCAUGCACAGAGUUAUAUCUUAUGUCGUCAAUGAGCUUGUCGUUGAUAGACUUGCAAACAGUCAUGCAUUCCAGAGAUUUGCUGUGAGGACAUCAAAGAAGAUAGAGGAUAUCUCCAGUAUCGCUGCGAAGAAGAGGGAAGAACUUGCUGAACAAAUGAAAGAAAUCUCGAAGAACAUGGAGGUCAGAUGCAAUUGUUUAAGUUGAUACUAUAUAUGGUUUUACCUUUUGUGAGUGUUUUAUUGUUUCUAAACAGCAUAUU